UUUAUUCGGAAUGACAGAUAAUUCUUUCAAACACCACAAUGACUACGAAUGGCAGCUUCUUGCAGCAGCAGCAACAAAACUUUAAAACUUUCUGUCACUUUACAUCUUGCCUUACAGAUAACACCAUCAAAUUAUCGUCAGCCAAGGGAAAACAUAUUGUUGUAAACUACAUGACAGCAUUAAUUUACAUAAUGCCCUUUGCUGACAACAUUCAUUCACAGAAAACAUUUAACAGUUCAGAACAAGUUGUACCAUACACUGCUUUAGAAGGAAUGAUGGAGGCAGAUUUACCAAAUGAGAAGGGUGCUGCAGAACACUCGCAUGACAAGAAUUCAAUGGAAUGUAGUGAUGUAAAGAUAGAGGUAAGCAGUCAACACCAACCAACUUUAAACUCAUGUGAUUUAAUUGAAGAUAAUAAGGAUGUGUUACAUCUUGAAACAGAGACCCAACAAGAUAUGUCUGAUAGUUUACAUUCAAAAGAGUUUUCUUCAAACAUGGACCAAGACAAAAACAACAAUGUAUGUUCUGAUGUCUUUAGUUUAGAUCUUGAUGAGGAUUCUAAUCAACAUGAUCCAAAACAACACCAAUACCCAAGUGGGUCAGGGAGUAAAAUACAGCCAUGGUGUCCACCAUUCUCUGUACCAUUAGAUACUGGAGAUACAGAUAUGGGUUAUUCUAGUCAUAGUGCAUGCAGUAGCUGUCAACAGGGCUCACAGACAGACAGUGGACAGAAUAUAAACUUCACAGAUGUUGAGUAUGCUGAAGACUGUUUGGAUGGGGAUGAUGAAAUGGAAGAUUUACUGUUUCAUUUUGAUAGAUUCUUUAGGAAUAGAUAUGAGGAACUUUUAACUGAACAAGGGAUGCAUGUUAGACAAAUCAUAAAGAAAGCAGCCAAAACAUAUGAUGAUAAAUGUUGUAUAGCAGACACAGAUCCCAGUUCUGUUGAGGUGACCGAUAAAGCAACCCAAACAGUUGUGGUGGAAAAAUUUAGUCUACCACCAAUGAUUAUUGAGAAUUCCUCUUGUCAAGCAUUAGAAAGAUUAGAAGACCAUAACAAAAUACCUACCAAAUCAAUACCUUUGGACCAGCUAGGAACAGCAUGUUUAUCCAAAGACAAACAGUUUCUUAAAAUACUGUCUCUUACAUGUGCAGUGUCAAAUCUGUUACAUAGAAAGGAAUAUAAAAUGUAGUGUUUUGUUGAUGUACUAAUUUAAAUGUUAAAUGUAUAACAGAU